AUGGCGGAAUGGUAUACCAUAGGUAUCGCGCUGUUCGCGGCGAUAGGAACAUUCCUAUUCGGCUUCGACACGGGCAUAGCCACGACCACUAUCGCCCAUCAAAGCUGGGUCGAUUACAUGCAACACCCCUCCAAUGCCAUGACGGGCGCAGUCGUCGCCGUUUACAUCGCAGGCGAGGCCGCCGGUGCCCUGACUCAGACUUUGAUCGGUGACCGGCUUGGCCGGAUUCGUUUCAUGCAGAUAAUGUGUAUUGUUGUCACCGUCGGCACCGUGAUCCAGACGGCAAGCGCCAAUAUUGGCAUGUUCUACGCCGGCCGUGUACUUGCGGGCUUUGCUGUCGGUGGUAUGGUGGCCACCGUGCCUAUCUACCUGUCCGAGAUCGCGGGCCCGCACCAGCGCGGUCUCAUCACUGGAAUAUCCGGCUGCGGCAUAUCCUUCGGAACUAUGAUGUCAAACUGGAUCGGAUUUGCUUGUGGAUAUGCCCCCUACGGCCCAGCGCAAUGGCGACUUCCACUUGGAAUCCAGAUCCCCUGGGGCGUUAUUAUGUUUGUCGGGCUUGCUACCUUCAUGCCCAACUCGCCGCGCCAGCUGCUGAGAACAGGCAAGGUUGAAGAAGCAAAACGGGAGUUCGUAAAAAUCCGCAGGGAUCUGCAGUCGUACGAGGUGCAAGAGGAAUUCGCUUUGAUGCACGCCCAGAUCGAGUACGAGAUGUCCCGCGAUAUCCUCUCCUAUAAGGAAGCGUUCAUGCUCUACCGCCGCCGCGUACUAGUCUCCAUCGUCGUGCAAACCAUGACAAGUCUCACCGGUGUGAACGUGAUACAGUACUACCAAACCAUCCUAUACAAAUCACUUGGUAUCGACGCUCACACCGUCCUCGCCUUAGCCGCCAUUUACGGCACCAUCGCCUUCCUCUCCAACUGCAUCACGACGCGCUACCUGACGGACCAAUGGGGCCGCCGCAAGAUGAUCCUCGCGGGCCUGUCGGGCAUCAUCGUCGUCGAGAUCUACGCUGCCGUCAUGCAGCGCGUCUUCCAGAACACAGACAACCGCGUCGGCAAGGGCUUUGCCAUUCUGGGCAUUUACCUUUUCGUUGUCAUCUACUACGGCAUGCUCAACUCGACCACCUGGCUCUACGGAGCUGAGGUCCUCCCUGUCGCCCUCAGGAACAAGAUUAUGGGCGUCGCCGCCGCGAGUCACUUCAUCGUCAAUGUUGCCAUCACCGAAGCCGGGCCUAGUGCCUUUGCGAAUAUACAUGAGAAUUACUACUACGUCUUUGUCGGCUGUACGGGUUUCUUCUUGUUUGCGGCAUAUCUCUGUUUCCCAGAGACUCGGAGAAAGACCUUGGAGGAGAUCGCGAGUGCGUUUGGCGACAAGGUGGUUGACGUGGAUGCGGCUCAGGUGGCGAGGGAGCGGUUGGGGUUGCAGAAGGAUAAUGUUGAGGAUGGGAGGGCUGAACAGGUCGAGAGUAAUUCGUCUAGGCCUUCGCCGAAUGAGUGA